AUGCCUCUCUUUCUCUCUCUCUCUCUCUCUCUCUCUCCCAGCCCCACACUCACCACCAACCACUCAUCUGCUACCCACCUUGCCUCACAGACAACCUUUUUCUGUCUUUUAAAACACCUUCUCCCAGAACACUCUUGCUGUAGACAAAGAUUCUCUUUAACCUCAACUUUUGUGCCUCCCAACAAUUUUGGGUCUAAUGUAAGUGAUUAUUUACUUUGUUCACUGCCUAAACUUUCUCUCUCUCUCUCUCUUUCCUUCCUUCCGUGCCCCAUCCCCGGGGGGGGGGGACCUGUAAGCGAUCAGGAUGAUGAUGACACCGGAGACUCGUUGAACAACACUGAUGAUGAGUUGGUGCUCAAAUGUGUCCACUGUAGCGAGUCUUUCAACCGGACAUCUGCCCUCCGCACCCACAUAAAGACUAUGCACUCAGAAAAGACCUUGAAAUUCAUGUGUCCAAAAUGUGAAGAAACAUUCACGCUCAAAUCCCAUCUUGACAAUCACAUGGCACUGCACUCGGCCACGUCACAGACAUGCAACGUCUGCAAGAAGACUUUUGCCAAUGUGUACAGGCUGCAACGCCAUAUGAUCAGUCAUGAUGAGAGCACAGACCUUCGCAAAUUCAAGUGUGAGCAAUGUGGCAAAGCAUUCAAGUUCAAACAUCACUUGAAGGAACACAUUCGCAUCCACUCUGGGGAGAAGCCUUUUGAAUGUUCCAACUGUCGGAAACGGUUCAGCCACUCAGGAUCCUAUAGCAGCCACAUGACCUCCAAGAAAUGCUGGGUCAUGAACGUCAAAGGGCGUCGUAUUGAUAACAACAGCAACACCGAUGCAAUGUCCGUGUUUCCACCAGUCACAAAAAAACGGGCACAGCCAGCCAAAUCUUCCUUUACAAAACUCCUCAGGCACCCUCCCUCCACAAUUCAUCCAGAGAGCGUCACAGACAGAGUUCCACCAGUCACCAAUCAGACUGUUGCUCAUUCAAAUUCCCACAAAUCAGUGCUUGGCCAAAAGCCACCACCACCACCACCUCUCCCUAAAAGUUCUAAACUCUCACCUGAUGUCAACAGCAACACACAGCCUUUAUCAAUGGUCAUGGUCAAAAAGUCUGAAAGCCCUGUCCUGCCUGUACCACAGCCGACCCAACAGGAUCAAGUGACCUCGCCCUCCCCUGUUACCAUCAAAACAGAACCCUUAGACCCGAGUGAGGUUUCGAAAGACAUAGUUGUUGUCAAGAGUGAAGACUCCAAAGACUGUCUUUUGACUUCAACACCACAGGAAAAAAAUUCUGACUCGCCCAUAUUGCCUCCCUCCAACUCGAUUGAUUCCAAGGACGUGGAUCUCACCUGCCGAUUCUGUGCAUCUGGUUUCCGCAGCCCUGUGGAUCUGCACCAACAUGAACGAUACCUGUGCAAGUCAAACAAAGACAUCGUGCAUAGGGUGGCCAAUCUGGAAGUAGCCUCCUGUAACAGUCCAAGCAGCACAACUUCGUCUUCAGAUACCAUCAAGCGGGAGACCCCCAACGGCAGUAUCGGCAACGGCACAGAUGAGGAUGAUGCUGAGGAGAUCUUCAAAGAAGAGAACCUCGAUAAGAAAUUUCGCAUGCGUUCCUUGAUAAGCGACGAGCAGCUGCAAGUCCUCAAAAAAUAUUACCAGAUAAAUCCUCGACCGCGCAAGCACGACCUGAUCAAGAUCGGCAACGAGAUUGGCUUUCCUAAGCGUGUCGUUCAGGUGUGGUUUCAGAAUAUGCGAGCCCGCGACCGCAAGAAAGGCAAGAGUGUACCCUACUUCCCGUCAAUGGCCCGCUUCAAGCAGCAGGAGGAGUCAAGCACUCCGACGUCAACCUGGAAAGAACCAGUGAAGCCAGCCAAUUCCGCCUACAUCCCCAAUGUUCCAAACUUCAAUAAUUCUGUCCAUGUUCAAUCUGGAAUUCCAAAGUCAUCAUCACCUUCAUUUCCUGCACAUUCUCAUUCAAAAGUCAAUGGUCAGUUUAAUGCUGCCAGCGAAAACCGAGAUGCCUUGUUUAGUCAUAACAGUGACAGCAGUAAUAAUAGUAGUCAGGACCAGCCCCUGGAUCUUAGUCUAAAGAGAGAGCCCCCUAAAGCUCACAGCGGACACAAACCAAGCAACAAUAAUAACAGUUAUAGCACUCAUCCACUUCCUGCACCGGUUCAGAACUUUGACAAUCAAGUGUUAAAUUUGAGUUGUCGAUUGCCAGCAAUUAAGCAGGAACAGUUGGAGAGUAGCAAGUCGUCCCCAGGCAGUUUCCAGGAGUCCGCUCUCUACAAAUACAUGAAACAAGAGGGCAUGAUAGUCAAUAAACCAGUCCAAGUUUCCCAAUCUAGUCCCAUUCCAAACCAGGUGCCUCAGUCCCUGAAGGCACUUGCUGCCUCAAGCCCUUAUCUACCGGCCGGAAAGCCAACUGCAGGUGCUGAAAGUGACCCCAAACAGAAGGCAGGUCACAGUAAAGAGAAUAAGCCUGCUGAUGAUUCGUCUUUGUCCAGUGACGACUCUUUGGAUAGCGUUAAUGGUCGCUCGCUUGUUAUUGAUGAAAGUAAGUUGCAUGAGAAAAGCGACGACGAAUGCCUUUCAGAUGAAGAUGAUGACGAUUCUGAUGAUGAUGACGACGAUGAAAUGUCUCCCCGAAUGACCAAUGGGAUAUCAGAUGGUGGUCACAACACAUCAAAUGCCAGUAUGGGUGUCAUGAGUGGGGAAGAGCAAGAGACCAACCCUGAUGGUACCAAGAAACCAAAGAGGUUACGAAAGAAAUCUUGGAGACAGAUGGAAGCGGAAGAAAUUCAACUGGACCUUGAAGACUCUAUCACUGGGGACGAGGACCAUUCCCAUCGGAAAAAGCGUCGAUCAUGGAAGAGCCACCGAGUGGAUGUUGAAGAAGGCAUGUAUGCUUGUGACCAGUGUGAUAAAAUGUUUAGCAAGCAAAGUUCUCUUGCCAGACAUAAGUAUGAACAUUCAGGGGCUCGCCCCUUUACCUGUGAUGAGUGUCCGAAGGCCUUCAAGCACAAACAUCACUUAACAGAACACAAACGUCUUCACAGCGGCGAAAAACCAUUCCAAUGCAAAAAAUGUGCAAAGAGAUUCAGCCAUUCUGGUUCUUAUAGCCAACACAUGAAUCAUCGCUACAAAUACUGCAAGCCUGCUAAGCUUCUUGAUGAGGAGGAAGCUAACAAUGAUGAUACGAGGUUACUCAUUUAUUUUCAUUGUCAUAGGUACGUUGUUGGAAUUGUCCAUCACUUUUUAAGACGCUCCCCACUACAACCAACUGCUUUUUUUUUCUCUCUCUUUCUCUCCCCUAAAGAAAACCUUCUUCUUCUCUUUAUUCUUUAUUCUUUUCUUAUUCAACAAGGCCAUCGCUUUCCUGGGGAAGCUUUGACCUAUAAACACGCCCACCUAUUUGCCUUUGUCUCUUUCUUUUCUUUACAUUUUACACCUUUCCAAAUCAUUUCUUCCACUUUUAAUUGUAACAACAUUCUUUCCUCUCUGCAUGAGUUUCCCCCUUUUCUUUUUUUCAAGAAUGUCCCAUCCCACAAUAUUGAAGAAAUCCCCUUUAAUUUCCUUUCCUCUCUCCUCACAGUUUAUUUUCCAUCUCUUCUUCAUCUACCAAACUUAGUCAUUCUUCAAUGA